CCCCACUUUUCAAGAAAGGAAGACAACGAAGAUAACUUAUUUCCUUCGAACCGCAAUACGAACAUCACGUACUAUUCUGAUUCUUCAUCCAGUGCAGAAGUCUUCGUGUCAAGUCUGCGCGUUCUUCUGCAAGUCAUUGUGGCCUCCUACGUGGCAAAGCUUGACGUUAUGGCCUGUAGCAACAGACUUCUUGGAACCAUUCCCGAGUUACUACUUGUCGUCGGGGCAUUUGCCGCACACCCCGCACCCUCAUUCAACGUAUCGCUGCUGAACGAACUAUUCCCGCAGGAGUACUCCACGGAAACAGCACCCGUCUAUGCUAGUCAUCCAGUCGAAGUAUACGUCAGCUUGGUGAUCCUCGACGUCGGCAGCAUCAACGAAGCAGAAAUGAGUUUUGAGCUGCACGGCUACCUCUAUGAACGCUGGCAGGACAAGCGGCUGCGAAUCUCCCGGGGUCUAGGUCCUCACGGCGUUGUGUUACCGUCCAAGAUACGAUCCCAGCUAUGGCAUCCGACGCUUACUUUCGAUAACGCGCUGCAGACAGACAUACUUGGCAAGGACUCUAGCGCAACUCUUCUUCUCAAUCAUCAAUACCUCCUGCGGCUGACCAAGUACAACCUGAAGAUUCGUUGCAAUAUCGACCUAAGCAUCUUUCCCUUUGACACCCAACGCUGUGCCUUCUAUAUUAAAAGCAUGACUGAGAGCGACGCCACCGUGCGCCUGUUCUGGACGGACGCUGCCUGGGACGAGUGGAUCCGAGCACAUCCGAGCAUCAUCAUGCUGCGGGACCCAAUUGAUCGUCGCUUUCAAGUGGAGCUACCCAUGCCAGGAUCCUUCAACAAGACCUCAUAUGGAGGCAACUUCACCGUGCUGUACGCUCCGUUCGUGUUCAGACGACUGAUCACGUCCCGCGUUCUCAAGACCUACUUGCCGAGCAGUUUAGUGGUCAUGCUCACUUGGACCUCUUUCUGGAUCGACCUCUCGGCCUUUCCAGCCCGCAUGACCCUGGGUAUCACCUCCGUGCUUACAGUGACCACGCAAAUUGGAAAGUCCGAAGACUCUACAACAUUGAAUGCCCUCGACGUAUGGCUCUUUGCCUGCGAACUCCUUGUGUGUCUCGCGGCACUGGAAGUGGUCACAGCAUAUACCAUCGCCCGGUUGAAGAUACAGAAGCUUCAGCAAGAACAACUUCGACGUGCAGCCAGGCGCGCGGGCUACCGUGAUCGCUUGCCGCAGGUUAUGCAGGUGCCCAUGUCCAUGUUUAUGUAUGGCAUGUUUCCUGACGCUGAAGAGUAUUCUGCCGUACGGAAGAAGCCGAACAGUGCUGAAGAGGUGGACAAGGCUCGUGAAGAUAAAAGACGUUGUAAUAAAAAGCGGAGAGCCCACAGUAAGCAGCAUGGCAGACGUGCCCCGGCUAAAGGGCUCGAGGAACCUACGGAAGAAUCUGCGGGAGAACCUGCUGCUGGAUCGGCGAACGAACCCGUCGAUGCGUCCCUAAAAGUGGGCGCUGGAGCUGGUAGUACAGCAGUUGAAGAUGAAGUCUUGGAUUGGCCUCGGUGGGAUUACAAGGGUCUGGUGAAGUCCGAUCGCUGGCAAUCCAUAAAUGAACUACUGGGCCACCUGAAGAUGACCCAAAAGAUGAAAGACCCCCGGACGACAGUAGACAUCGUGAGCAGAGUGCUCUUUCCGUGUGUGUUCAUCGCCUUCGCUGUCUGGUACUGGGCCAUUCUGCUCUAUUUCACCAUCAACGACACCAACAAGGACCUGAAAUCGUUUUUCGAGAAAUAACCCUUUGUGCUAUAUAUGUAGUUUGUACGGUAGCAUUAGGCGUCUGAAAGACAACAUAUAGAAAGUAAGCUGAAUGUUAUAAUAAUCCAAUUAAAAAUGAUCCGAUUGA